CAUGAAGCUGAGCUGUGUCCUGGGGGCAUGGGCUCUUUAUGUUUGUCCUGCAGUGCUCCUGGCAACCCAGAUGUUCCCAGCUGCCAGUUCAGAGACUCUGAAGUGUGAAGGACCUGUCAGCCCUGACCAUAGCAGCUGCCACACUGAUGAGGAAGAGGAGGAUGUGACCCAUUCCGGUGACGCUGACUUCCAGAUCAAAGGCUACAAGUUCAGCAAACCAUUCCAUCUCAUCGUUUCCUAUGACUGGCUGAUCCUCCAAAGUCCAGCUACAGCCAUAUUUGAAGGAGACCCUCUGGUUCUGCACUGUCGUGCCUGGCAAGACUGGCCACUGACUCAGGUCAUCUUCUACCGAGAGGACUCAGCCCUGGGUCCUCCUGGACCUAAAAGAGAAUUCUCUAUCGAUGUGGUGCAAAUGUCAGACAGCGGACUCUACCACUGCAGUGGCAUCUUCAGAAGUCCUGGUCCUGGGGCCCGAGAGACCUCCUCCCCUGUGGCUAUUACAGUCCAAGAAUUGUUCCCAGCCCCAGUUCUCAAAGCCUCGCCUUCUAAUGAGCUCCACGAAGGAGGCUCAGUGACCCUGAGCUGUCAGACAAAGCUGUCCCUGCAGAGGUCAUCUUCCCGCCUCCUCUUCUCCUUCUACAAGGAUGGACGGUCACUGAGUAUCAAAGACAUCUCUUCAGAACUCCAGAUCCCCAAAGCUUCAGAAGAGCACUCCGGCUCCUACUGGUGCGAGGCAGCUACUGAGGACAGGCAAGUUUGGAAGCAGAGCUCUCAGCUGGAGAUCCGGGUGCAGGCUCUUCAGAAACCAACUGCUUCAGAGACUCCUCCUACGGAGCCCCCUGGUCCUCCGCCUCCACCACCCACUCCUUCUGCAGAACACCUGGGAUUCUCUUCCUUCGACCCUCACUUCCAUCACCAGAUGCGCCUUCUUCUCAAACAAAUGCAGGAUGUAAAAGUUCUCCUUGGUCAUCUGGUCAUGGAGUUGAGGGACUUGACUGUCUACCUGAAGCCUGGUGUCACGAAGGCUGCUGACAAAUGAAC